ACAACGCAAAACACACACUAUCAGAGUCGUGACCCCAGAUACAAGGAGCGAAUUAUCAUUAUUGUGAACACUCAGUUAUUCUUGAACCUUCCGUUAAAUAUGAAGUAUAUGUGGUUACUGUGGUUAUUUGUGGUUUUACCAACGGUUUUUGGACAAUUUGGAUUCGGAAAGUCAUAUUUGGGGAAUUCUCGUUUGUGUCGCCAAUGGAACUGCAUCAACACAAAAUUGGGUCUCGAAGACUCUUUGCCACCUAAGGAACAGAGCGUGGCCGUACUUCGGCAGUUACUUCCUCAGGGACCAUGGCAGGAUAUGGUGGAAAGCAUUGUGGAGCAGUGCUAUGUGAACAGGACUCGAAGGUUCACCAACACCUGUCCAGGACAGGCUCUGAUGCACUGUCUUGUAGAUCAAAUGAUUGAUUUUUGUCCUAUAAACAGUUUGAGAAAUGAUGAUUCUUGCUCCGUCGUCACGUCCAUAAGCGGCAUGAAAUAUAUGUUUUCACAAAGUCGCUACAUGGAUUUGGAAAAGAAUUUGCCAAGAGAACGUCGUCCGACUUGGUUCUUGAAAAACUAUUUUGACAAGAGUUGCUGCGAUUUGCCUGUGAUAUUCAACACGACGGUUCUCGAAGAGUGUGGCUUCAGUUCUGUGAUAAACUACAUUGAUCAUGGAGUAAAACAUCCUUAUUCAACGACUGAAGCAACUAUGAUGCCCGGAGUGACUAGCCCUGUUCCGAUCACAAGUAUAGAUACAAGCAAUGGACUCAAAAUUGUUGAUUUGAACACAAUACAAGAUAACUCUAGAAGUGGAAUAAUGGAUCCGAUGGAAUGUUGUGACAUGGAGGACUUCAUCAAAUCUUCAUGGAAAUCCGAAUGCGAUUUCCAUUUGCAAUGGACAGGCAAGGAGAGGUUGUCCAUCUCACAGCCACCAGCCACUGAGCCACCUACGACCACUACUGAGAAAACUGACGCUCUACACGAUAUUAUGCUGGUGCCGCAAUCUUGCUCACAGGAGACCUGUGUCUUCCGUAACCUGGGGAUCAUAAAGGGGACAGAAAUUGAUAAAAAUGCAUUCAUGGAAAUGCUUAAUAACUUCACCGGCUCUCAUCAAGCGUGGAUCGGACCUACGGAAAAGGUGGUGACCAGGUGUCUGAAUGCUAAUAACCUGGAACAUAGGAGCGACUGCCUUAUUAACGACGUUUUGGCUUGUACGUUGGAUGUGCUCACUGAGCACUGCCCGUAUAAGAGGAAAUCAGGAAUUUGCAAGCACGGCAAACAUGAGGUUCCAUGUCAAAUAAGUUCAUCAAAAUCGAGACCUAAGAACCGCCGUGAGAUCUGCCUUCUACCGGAGUUGGUGCAUCACGAUCACUUGCACGAGUGUGGUCUGGAUGCCCUAUACCAGGUGGAGCGCGUGCCGGUGCCUGUAAGACAUAAGAAACAUGCGUUCCCGAGGUUUUGGAAUAAUUGCAAACAAUUAGAAACCCAAACAACAUGUAUCAUGGAUAAAAUGGGGAUCCUGAACAGGUAUAAAUUCAUGGACUACUUUAAGAUGAAGGAUAGAAUCAGGCAGUUUACUGAGGACAAGCCUGUAUGGUCCGCCAUGAUGGAUAUUUAUACCAGCGCGUAUAUCAACUUGCCGAUGUAUGGGGACCAUUGUACCUCGGAGAGAAAGCUGUUGAAUGUCAUCGAUACUAUGUUGAUGACAUGUCCAGUGUCGAAGCGUAAAAACACACCGCAAUGCAUCACACUCUUCAUAGACAUGGUGAAAUCAACGCCACAGGACAAUCAGAACGUGACCAAAGAAAAAGCCGCAGAAAUUAUGAAGCACUACCACCAUGUGUUUAUGCCUACACGUCCAUUGCCUUCCAGAGCCGACGUGGUUAUACGAAAGAAGCAUACCAAACACGUUACUCCUGCCUACCAAUUCGGGAUUCUUAAUUCGAAGAAUGCUCCUCCAGUCAAAGUUGCUCAUGUUAAACCUCCUUCGCACAGAGUAAGACCCCCAUUAAUUCUUCGCCCAGUAUACCUAAGACCUCCGUCUUUUAUAAGAGGUCGCGUGAGUGAUGGUGUGUUCAGAAGUAAUGUUUUUUGGCAUCAAAACCCCUUAUUGAUACCUCAAGUCAGGCCUAUGAGCACCUCGACCAUUUCUCCUGAAGUCUCUACUGCUGCGACUCUUGAACUGACUACGAUGUCUCCUUAUCCGACUCCCGAGUUGCCAACUAGAUAUAUUAGUGAUAAUAAUUUGGAUAGGGAUCUGGAUUUGGGGAGACCUGAAUAGUGUUUUUUUAUGGAAUUAAAUAAUCUAUAGUUUCCAAA